AUGGAUACAGAAGACAUAGGUUCAGGUAAACUAGGCCAAAUAUUGAAGCAGAUUUGGAGAAAAAACCUGAUGCUAAAGCAGGCGCUCCUGGGUGAAGACCAUUGUGAAGGGGCUGGCGGGGCCACUUGGAUAGCCACAGUGGUCUUUCUGGGUCAAGAACUCAGUGGGGCCCUUCACCAACUCUUGGAACACACUGCAGGGACUCUGCGCUCCACCUGCCAGCAGCUGUAUGUACUGCUUGACAAAGAGAAUCAUUGUACCUGGAGACAAGAAAUCAUUGCAUUCAUAGAUUGCCUCAUGAAAAGAAGUGAAUAUUUGGGGAGCACUGCUACAUUUCUAAAGAAAGAAGAAAAGGAGAUGUGUAAUUUAUGCGGCAUGCAUGAUGAAUGCACUCCACUGCAGACAAUGUCUGCCAUUCAAGAUAUCAAAGCAACAGACAUUGCUGCAAGAGGGGAACAAAAUGUCAUAGAAACAGCUACUGUUUCUCCCACAAAUGGAGAGGAAAGUCAUUACACAAACCAGGUCCAGUUAAAAAAAAAUAAAAUACAUAGGAGUUCAGAACUAGUGGGAAAAGAAAACAAUACAUCAUUGAAGGGAGAUGUAACAGGGCAAGAAGAGUCACAGAACAAAAUGUUCCCAGAUAAUGCAGUAAAUGAAGAUGAUAAACAAAUAGAACACAUGACUAUUGAGAACAUAAAUGGCAACAGGGAAGAGACGCAUGACAUAAUCCAGACAAGAGAAAGAGAAAUUCAGGAGACCUCAGAAAGCCAAAGUGAAGAGAUUACCACAUCCUCAACAACAUGUGAUAUCUCCAGUAAAUAUGUGAAUAGUCCUCUUCCCAGUGAUUCAGAGACUCUAAAGCAAAAGAAUAACAUCAUGGAAAAGGAGUAUCUUGAUGUGCUGAGUGAUGAUACUCUCACCCAAGUGUCUUGUUAUAUUACAGCACCAUCCUAUGUUCUACAACAUCUAGAAUGCCGGAUAAUUAAUAACAUGAGUUCUUUAAUAGUGAGUGAUAAUGAAGAGUUGGUCAGCAAUGUUAUCACUGUAGAGUGCUCACAUAUGGAAAAGAGAAUUCCAUUUCCAAUAUGCAUUGCAAUUCCAUUUACUGCACGUUACAGGGGAAAUUACAGAGACAUCAUGGUGAAAGUGUCUGAUGUAGACCUUCAAGCAAAUUACCUGACUCCAAAUUCACUGGAAGGAAUGAGAGGAAGUUACAAGGUGACCUGUGCUGAAGUGAAAGUUUAUAAGUUGGGUAUCUUUUCUGUUGUGUCUUGUUUAAAGAAAGAGUCCUUUACAGUAACAAAGAAAGGCCUUACUCUUAAGCCAAGCAUGGAUUCUCGAAUAUCCUUAAAUUAUCCUCCAGGAGUUUUCAGCUCACCAGUGCUUGUACAAUUAAAGGUCCAACCAAUUGACCCAUCUCUGGUGGCAUAUUUAAAAACUCAGAAAGAUACUUCCUACUCAGUACUAUCCACAAGCCCUCUGAUUCAUGUUCAGCACCCAUCAACACAUCUUUUCCAGAAGCCAAUCACUGUAUUCCUACCUUGUUCUCCACACCCUGAUAAAAAAAAUCUUCGGUCUGAGAUAGAUCAUAAAAGAACAGCUAGUGCCACAACAAACAGAAUCAUACCUUUAUACCUCAACUGGACAAAAAGCACUUCCAUAAGAAAACCUGGGAACAAUGCUCGUGAAUCUUUGAAAUUAUUGGGAUUCAGAAGCCGAGACAGUGGUUGGUUUGUGCUUGAUGGUGUCGUGGUGAGAACCGUGCAAAGUGGCUUGAUAUCAUUUGAAUUGUGUGAACAUUUAGAGAGGUUUAUAGUGCUUCAACCGUCUUCCAUUGUGGACAAUAGCUAUUUGGUUUCUUUUGUGAAGUCUUUGGAGGAAGCCAUGCUCAGCACCACUGUUUGCAUUGUACUUUAUCACCAGAAAGACAACCCACAUAGAAUCAUUAUUUUAGUGGUGCCUUCUAAAGAUUUACAUCAGGUGCUUAGGAACUUGCACUUGGAAGCGUGUAGUGGUCCUCCAGAGCCAUCUCACCAUUUCCAAGUGAAAGAAGGAGAACAACUCCUUUUAAGGUUUACUGGAAACAUAUUUGCUUCAAGCAAUGGGAAGGAUUAUGGAAAAGACUACAAGCUUAUUUUUCAUUUACAAAGGAAACCUAGACUGGAACUCCAAAUCAAAGAGGUGGAUGAAUUUGGAAACUAUAGCUGCCCUCAUUAUAAGGGUACCAUUGUAGUUUAUAAAGUACCUAAAGAAAAGAUAGUCCACAACUUGGAUCAAUCUCUUGUACUUAACGAAAACAAUGAUCAGUUGCCAAUUUGCAAAUUACCAUUGAAAUUGCCAAAGCAUGAAAAAUUAAUCAACCGUCCACAGAGUACCAAAAGAAUUUCUACAGAUCCUCUAGAAGCCCUGUGGGACAACUUGCUCUACUGGCUGGCAGACGAGCUCUCAAAAGAAAACGCCCUGUGUCUCUCCUCAUCCCUCCCCCUUCGCCGCAGCACCAUUCAGCUCAUCAAACUGAAGAACCCUGAUGAUCUCACAGAACAGACCCACGAACUUCUUUGCUUUUGGAAAAGAUCACUCCCAAAUUCCACGGACAAACUUCGCCUUCUGGCUCGCCAUCUCCGCAAGAUCGGCAGGAGUGACCUUGCAGAAGAGCUCAAAUUCAAGUGGGAGAAUAAAGUGUUCACUGAACCUCAGCAGUGGUCUGAUGUGGCAGAGUUCAGCCCCGUUACUCUUUCUUUUGCCCUAGAAAAGGGGUCAUAG